AUGAAAGUAACUAACAAGAUAAACAGUGUUAAACGUAAGAAACCAGAUACCAGUAAGGACAGUACAUUACCAUAUGGGGGGUCACCCGGGGGUUGGGUAGUGACCCCAAAACCAGCAGGACGAAAAUCCUCUUCCCAGGGUCAACCAGGAAGGGGCUCUUCGUGGACAGUGACACCAAAUUCAGUUCAUAAUGCACCUAGGUUUCAAGUAGCCUCCUCCCAGGGUCAACCAGGAGGGGCUACAGUCUUGGGUGACAUGGGGUUAAAUCCAUAUGGCUUACAACAACCGCGUCCAGUGACAUACAUUAGUAAUAACAUGUUUGGGAUGCAGCCCUCAUAUCCUCCUCCAUAUCAGCAUGGUAUGCUGUACCCACAAGCAUCAUAUAUCCAACAUCAAGCGCCAAUACAGCAAUCAACUCAGCCUAUGUUUCAACACCAACCAUACAUGUCUCCCCCCGGGAACUUUGUUAAUAACAAUGAAUACUUAGCAUCGGAGCAGACAGGUAGCAUGCGUCCUAUGUUGGACUUCUCAUCGUCAAUGUCGCUAACCAUCUCUUCCUCACUUUAAGGAAAAAAUUUGGGAACAUGAGUUUGUGGAGCUAAAUAAGUUGGUAGAGGAGGAGGAUAGCGAUGUUGAGGAUGGGAAUCCAUCUAAAUACUUGUCUUUGGGUGUUAAUGAUAGCAAGCAGUUAUAUAUAAAAAGUAAGAGUGCUGACAAAAAAUACCUUGCUUACCCCAUUUGGCAGGCCUUUCUUAGAUUCAUCUCUGUUUACAGUGAGAAAUUCCCUUUAGAGGCCAAUCAGUUAUCAGUAUAUAUGUCAGUUAUACACCAGAUGAAAAUAGAGAAUAGAAACCGGGGGUAAUA